AUGGAGCAGCUCUUUCUCCUGGACAACGGCGCGCUGCAGCUGGCUUGGGAUUCCGAAGAUCGGGCUGCAGAGCGCCAUCCUACGUCGUCCCUGCUCUUCCCAGACUGGACACGACCCGCGCUGCAGCUGGCUUGGGAUUCCGAAGAUCGGGCUGCAGAGCGCCAUCCUACGUCGUCUGAAGAGCAGGCUGCAGAGCGCCGUCCUAAGUCCUCUGAAGAGCGGGCUGCAGAGCGCCCUCCUAAGUCCUCUGAAGAGCGGGCUGCAGAGCGCCCUCCUACGUCGUCUGAAGAGCGGGCUGCAGAGCGCCGUCCUACGUCGUCUGAAGAGCGGGCUGCAGAGCGCCCUCCUAAGUCCUCUGAAGAGCGGGCUGCAGAGCGCCGUCCUAUGUCGUCCCUGCUCUCCCCAGACUGGCCACGACCCGCGCUGCAGGUGGCUUGGGAUCCCGAAGAUCAGGCUGCAGAGCGCCGUCCUGAAGAUCGGGCUGCAGAGCACCGUCCUACGUGGUCUGAAGAGCGGGCUGCAGAGCGCCAUCCUACGUCAUCUGAAGAGCGGGCUGCAGAGCACCGUCCUACGUCAUCUAGGUCCUCUGAAGAGCGGGCUGCAGAGCACCGUCCUACGUCAUCCCUGCUCUCCCCAGAGUGGCCAAGACCCUCGCUGCAGCUGGCUUGGGAUUCCGAGGCUGCAGAGCGCCAUCUGUGGUCCCCGCUAUCCUCAGACUCGCCACCUCCCCUCUGCCUGCCCCUGGCACAGUCCUCCAGCCACCACAGCGAUGACCACCAGCCACUGCUCUGCAGUCCUUGCUGGCAGCUGCCCUCGGUCUACCUGCAAUACCGAGCACUCUUAGCUGAGGCCCAGAGCCCCUCGGAAGAGAGCCCAGUGCCGCCCAGUGCAGGCCUCUUGCCAGGAGUCCCUGCAGGAGCGCCUGAGUCCCCGGAGCACACCCCCUCCCCGGAGCUUCCUGGGGCCCUGCGGCCCAGCGCCUGUGCUGGAAAGGGGCCGCUGGACACGGAGGCCUGGGACCCCUGGCAGCCUUCAGUGUGCAGUCCGCCCCCGGGCCCCACCGGGUGGCGCCUGCACCUGCUUGGAGCGGGCUGCCUGCAGUGCAUCCUUCGUGCUGUCUCCUCUUUGAGCCGCUGGGCUGCUGACUGCUGGGCGACAGUCCUGGACCUGUAGGAGCCCCCAGACUGUGCGGGCGGGAGGGCGCCUGUUGUGGACAAGAGGCCUGAAUCAAAUGUAAACCUGUUUUAAUAUUAAAUAUUGU